AUGGGCAUCUGCGGAGAAGAAGACCUGAAACGCAGCGAAGGAGAGACAGUGGAGUGGAUUCAGCAGCAGGUGGUGAAGAGGAGGAUCAAGAGGGAUUACAAGCCGUCCCCGCCCCUUUCUCUGACAAGCCCCGCCCACAGCAACCCGGCCCAGAACAACAUUUUCUACAAUGACGCCAAGUGGAGCAGUAUGUGGUACAUUCACUGUAACGAUGACGUCCAUAACUGCCAGUCGGACAUGAACAUCAUGGGAGCAUGGAAGAGGGGCUACACGGGUAAAGACGUGGUGGUGACAAUACUAGAUGACGGCAUUGAGAGAAACCACCCAGACCUCUUUCAGAACUACGACCCUCAAGCCAGCUUUGAUGUCAACGGCAACGAUAUGGAUCCCAUGCCUCGAUACGACGCAACCAACGAGAACAAACACGGGACACGGUGUGCGGGCGAAGUUGCUGCAGCCGCAAACAACUCCCACUGCAUUGUGGGAAUCGCCUACAAUGCAAGAAUAGGAGGUGUGCGAAUGCUGGAUGGCGAUGUAACAGAUAUGGUGGAGGCCAAGUCUUUGAGUCUCCAGCCUCAGCACAUUGACAUCUACAGCGCCAGCUGGGGACCUGAUGACGAUGGAAAGACUGUGGAUGGACCGGCGUCUCUGGCCAGACAGGCCUUCGAGAAUGGCAUCCGCAUGGGGAGGAAGGGCCGUGGCUCCAUCUUCGUGUGGGCAUCAGGCAAUGGCGGGCGCAGCAGAGACCACUGCUCCUGCGACGGCUACACCAACUCCAUCUAUACCAUCUCAAUUUCCAGCACAGCCGAGAGUGGACGUAAGCCAUGGUACCUGGAGGAAUGCUCGUCUACUCUUACCACCACCUACAGUAGCGGGGAGAACUACGACCGAAAGAUUAUCACAACAGACCUGAGACAUCGGUGUACAGACAGUCACACAGGGACAUCGGCCUCGGCUCCCAUGGCUGCUGCCAUUAUUGCUCUGGCCCUGGAGGCAAAUCCUCUUCUAACAUGGAGAGAUGUGCAGCACAUAAUUGUAAAGACCUCCAGAGCAGGACAUCUCAGCGCCCCUGACUGGAAGACCAACGCUGCUGGAUACAAUGUCAGCCACCUGUACGGCUUUGGUCUGAUGGACGCUGAGGCGAUGGUGAAGGAGGCGGAGCGAUGGAAGCAAGUCCCUACUCAGCACGUCUGUGUGGAGAGUGCAGACCGACAAAUAAGAACUAUCCGUCCAGAGCACGUGGUGAGGUCGGUGUACAAGGCAACAGGAUGCACUGACAACCCCAACCACCAUGUGAUCUACCUGGAGCACGUGGUUGUUCGUAUUACAAUCACACACCCUCGCCGUGGGGACCUGUCAAUCAAUCUGACCUCACCCUCAGGGACUAAGUCUCAGCUGCUUGCCAACAGGUUGUUUGAUCACUCCAUGGAGGGUUUUAAGAACUGGGAGUUUAUGACCACCCACUGCUGGGGAGAGAAGGCAGCAGGCGACUGGGUCCUAGAGAUCUACGAUUCACCUUCUCAACUCCGCAGCCAGAAAGUACCUGGCAAGCUGAAGGAGUGGUCACUGGUGCUGUAUGGCACCUCUGUGCACCCGUACUCGUCUCUGCGCAGCGAUAAGCCCCGCUCCACAGACAUGCUGACGCCCACCGAAGAGGAGUUCACAGAGGAGUACAACGGCCCCUGUGACCCUGAGUGCAAUGAGAAUGGCUGUGAAGGUCCUGGACCACAUCACUGCAUCAACUGCCUCCACUACUUCCUCAAGUUCAAGAACAACACCAGGAUGUGUGUGUCUGAGUGCCCCAGUGGCUUUUUCCGUGACGAUAGGAAGCGCUGCAAGAAGUGCUCCUCGUUAUGUGAAACCUGCGUUGGUAGCCGUAGUGACCAGUGCACCACAUGCAGGACUGGUUUCCACCUCAAUGAGGGCUCCAACACCUGUGUUGCCAACUGUGGCGACGGCUUCUACCUCGACAAUGAUUCCAACAUUUGCAGGAGAUGUCCAGAGAACUGCAGAAAGUGCACCAACUCAAAUAUCUGCACAGAAUGUAAACCUGGGAUGAGUCUUCAAGGAAACAAGUGUCAGAUGACCUGUGACCCAGGGACUUAUUACAACGGCCACAGAAGGACUUGUGAGCCCUGUCAUCGGGCAUGUGCCACCUGCGCAGGCACAGGCAUAGAGGCGUGCACAAAGUGUGCAGAUGGCUACCUACUGGAGGACUGGCGGUGUGUGUCAACAUGCAGCACCGGCUACUACCUGUCAGAGCAGACCUCAGACAACGGGCAGGUUCAGAGGUCCUGUAAGAAGUGUGACCAUAGCUGCUACGAGUGCUUGGGGCCCGGUGAAAGGAACUGCAGCAGCUGCGUCAGUGGUUACAAUCUGGAGGCAGGAGCCUGUGUGGUCAGCACCAUCUGCAAAGAUGCAAAUGAAGAAUCUUGGGCGGAAGGCAGUUUCUGCGUGCUCGUUAAAAAGAACAAUCUUUGCCAGAGGAAAGUGCUGCAGCAACUGUGCUGCAGAACGUGCUCGCAAAAGGGGUGACGGGACAUACUCACUGGGCAUAAAGGGAGUGCGGGGGGGACGUGGGGGCACAGGGGGCACCCCUCCUUCUCGAACCCCCCUGCCCACUCAUUCACAGUCACAUAAUUUAUAAGAGAAUCUGUGCCUCUUAAAGGGACUGCAUCGGAGGUGCGAUGACAGGACUACAACAAACCUACCUUCUUUCUGUACGGGGACACACACACGUGGUCAGGGUGUAAAACGACUGGGACUUAUUUCAAGAACAAACGAGCAAAUGAAAACAAAAGUGAAAACAAACAAAAGAAUAAAAAGUGUCGGUAUUUUGUUACCAAAGCAUCGAUGCCAAAAUAAUUGAACCUUCUUUUUUGUUGCCAGUGUAGGAAGCAUAGCUUAAAACAGGAGCCACUCAGCCUGUGAAUCUGAAUACGUCUGUGUGCAUUUUUAUUUUUGGCUCCUCUUCCUCCUCUCUUUCCAGCGUUAAUGAUAAACAGAUGGAAAGUGAAUAUACAGUAGGAAAGGCCCUGGUUUUUCUGCCUGUAAAUAUACGUGAAAGGAAAAAAAAAAAGAAGCUCACUCAGUAAUGUGAAAAUAAUGUCUGUCUGGGCUGACUUUGGCUGUGUAGGGGAGGGAAGACAAAUUCACACACACAGUUAUACACACACAAACACACACACACACACAGACAACGAUACAUACCACUCACAUGAAUACGAACUCAGACACAUCAAUCAGCCACCACUUGAAUGCUACAGUGUCACCGUAUACCAAGACUGAUGCACGUUAUUGACCAAAAUCACCUCAUUUCAUUUAUUUAAAAACAUGAACCUGCCCUCCGAGUAGUGUGUGUGUUUGUCUUUAUUGGUGUGCGUCAGAGAAUGCCAUUAAUACUUAAUGUAAGCCCAGACAGCAUUGAUUCAUUCCAGAGGUACUACAAGACAAGUCGAUAGUCAUUCCUUCCGGAGCUUUCUGCAGGGAAGGAACCGCUGCAGUGAGUCAUAACGAAUUUGUGGUACUAGGGAUGCACCGAUGCCCAUUUUUCACUCAUGGUGCAGAUUCUGGAUCCCAAACUUUUGCCCAAAACAAAGUAUUGAUUCCAUCCAUUACUGUGACAGAACAAUUUAAAGCUCCAUCAUCACUUUGUUGUCACUAGGUUAUAUAAUUAAAAAAUCGCUCAAAUCUGUGACAGGGAAUUCUCUUUAUGUGUUGGUUUUGCCAUAUGUGACCCAGAUAAAGGGAAUUUUCCAGUUCUUAUAUUUUAUUUGUAUUGGUGCAUCCCUACACGUUACUGUUCUUAAAUAACAUAGAGUGUUAGAAGUUUCUACUCUUCGUCAUUCCAUUGAAAUGGCAAUACAUAUCAACAGAAGUAUUUCUCUACACUUUCAACACAGAAGGUCAAUGAUCGGCACAGGAAAUAUUCUGUUGUUCUCGAGUUUCAUGUGCAGGUAAAAGGUCUCUGACAGGCAGCAAACUGCUGUUUUGCUUUCAGUUAUUUCAAAAGGGAUUUUGUUCAAAAGUUAUACAUAAAAACACAUUUGGGAGUAGAAUUUUGUUCAGUAAAUCUAUAGGCUAUAUAUUAAGAUGGAAAGUGUGUCUCCACUUACUGUUACUGUGCAAAAAUGAAGCCAAAAUAUUAAAUAUUAUGCCAUCUUGCGCUGGUGAUGUCAUUUGGAGAAUGCGCAGUAGCAAUUUCUACGGUCUUGAGUUCCGACGAGCAGUGCCAUUGAUCUUGAGCACACUGAUUGGCACACAUAUCUGUCAAUCGGGAAUUUAACCCCCUUUGUUAUAGCAUUAAAUAACUAGUUAUAAUCAGUGGUGUAGUAGUAGUUGAUUAGGUGGGUGUACUAAUAGGUAGAUGGUUAAGUUACUCUGGAGGAAAUUGGUAUACUCUCUUAAAUAUUCCAGUAGCUUUUAGGCCGAUGGGUGGUUAUACUCUAUACGGCCAGAAAAAGGGGUGGAUAUACCCCAUAGAUUUGCAUAUACCCUCCACUACACCACUGGUUAUAACUGAACUUAUCAGAAAAACAAACACUUGAACAUACAUCAGUGUGAUACAAAGCCUGCGCAGUAGCCAUCUCCGCGUUGGUGGAGUUCCCGCACAUACGCCCGUCCGACCAAGUCACACCCCUGUUUUAUAGCAUCAAAUAACUAAUUAAAACUAGAUUUAUCAGAAAAAUAAACACUUGAACAAACAUCAGGGAUAAAAACUACCUAAAAUGACAGAAACUAUCUUUGGAACCAAUGUAUUUGAUGUGUACUUUGAGUAUUUAGUUUGGCCCAUGUCCCAUUUGCUAAUAUAAAGGGGGUGGGGUUUAUGACCUAUACUGCAGUCAGCCACCAGAGGACGAUCAAGAUAUUUUGGCUUAACUUUUGGGGAGCUGUCAUGUCGUCCAUCUUUAUUAUACAGUCUGAUUUAAACCAAGGAAAAUCAGAAAACAAACACAGUGAGGCAAUCAUUUUUUUCUAUUUACGUUAUAACUGUAAAAAUGAACUGACAGCAUCACUGCAGAACAAGGAGUGUGUCCGAAACGUUAAAUCAUAUUGAGCCAAAACUGUACUCAUGUUAAAGCUGACGGACUCUUGUCUGUCUCCGAACCUUGCUUGAUGAAACUCAAAGGUUAUUCUGGUGGUGCUGGUUUCUAAUUAAGAGCAGCAAAUAUAAUGUUUAAGAUUCGUAUUCUAUUUGUGUGGGUUUUUACACCCACAGCUUGAGCAUUUACAGUAUUAGAUGAAUUGUUGUACUGUCAACUGGUUAUGGUUCUUGAUGAUUUGUAAUAAAGAUUGAUGACUCCCCUGUUUUGGUUAACAAAAACUUAUUCUUGGUCAUUGUUUAAGAUGACUUGAAUUGACUUUAGAUUGUGUGGAAGUAGACGCACACACACACCCCUCGUAUAAAAGCUGUUUUUAUUGUGUACCUGUGACAUAUCUGUGACAAUGCAUUAUUAAUGUUACUCAAAGUCCUAGUUUUGAAAAUCUUUUUUUUUACUUAAGUGUUCUUAUUAAAAUGUUUAAUCUGUU